GGGAGAGGCGGGGUUUGCUAUAACCACAUGGUAAGUGGUAAAUGUAGUGGGAUAGCGGCGAUGCUCUGCCUGCCUCUCACUGUACCGGUGACAGCGCAGGGAGCGGGCGUGUAGUGUGAAGCGGGUUCAGCCAACACUCGCUGUCAGAAGCGAGGUACUGUAUCUACAGUAUAGCCGCACAGACGGGCGCGCUCUCGCUCGCUCUCUCUUCCUUCAGAGACAGACGCACGGCAGAAGGCAAAAAAACUUCUUCAUUUAACACUUCCGUGUUCAAAAUGGCUGAUCCGGUGCUCGCGAGCAGCGACGGCGAAGGGGGCGAGAACAUCACCAGGUUCGCGAGGCAGGGGGCUCUGAGACAGAAGAAUGUCCACGAGGUCAAGAACCACAAGUUCAUCGCCCGCUUCUUCAAACAGCCGACCUUCUGCAGCCACUGCACUGACUUCAUCUGGGGUUUCGGAAAGCAGGGGUUCCAGUGUCAAGUCUGCUGCUUUGUGGUGCACAAACGCUGCCAUGAAUUCGUCACCUUCUCCUGUCCUGGUGCAGAUAAGGGACCAGCUUCAGACGACCCCAGGAGUAAGCACAAAUUCCGGGUGCACACGUACUCCAGCCCCACCUUCUGUGACCACUGCGGCUCUCUACUCUACGGCCUCAUCCACCAGGGGAUGAAAUGUGACCACUGCAUGAUGAACAUCCAUAAGCGCUGCGUGGCCAACGUGCCCAGCCUGUGCGGGACGGACCACACGGAGCGCCGGGGCCGGAUCUACAUCAGGGCCGAGAUCAAGAGCAACAUCCUGACGGUGCACAUUAAAGAUGCCAAGAACCUGGUGCCCAUGGACCCCAAUGGCUUGUCUGACCCCUACGUCAAGCUGAAGCUGAUCCCGGACCCCAAGAGUGAAAGCAAGCAGAAGACCAAGACCAUUAAGUGCUCCCUCAACCCAGAGUGGAACGAGACCUUCACAUUGGUUAUCGAAAUCGCCGCCCCUUCUGUAGCUCCUGUGUACAGCAGCGGAGGGGGAACUGUACCUCUGGGUCUGCUCCUAGCUGGUGACCUGCUGGCUUGGAGACCACAGGACGGGAGACUAAAACCGCACACACCCCCUCACUUUGCCUGCUUCUUAGCCGGUCACAUAUCGCCCAGAUCGCACGGGUCGGUCUGUGUCGAUGUGCCCGGCCACAGGGGGGCGCUCUGUCCACGCUCUCUAACAGCCGGCCGCCGCCUCUCCCGCAGGUUCAAGCUGCUGAGUCAGGAGGAGGGCGAGUACUUCAACGUGCCGGUCCCGCCCGAGGGAGAAGAGGGCAACGAGGAGCUGAGGCAGAAGUUUGAGAGAGCCAAGAUCGGUCCUGGGACAAAGAACAUGGACAGCUCCUCCUCCAACGCCAUCUCCAAAUUCGACAACAACGGCAACCGGGACCGCAUGAAGCUCUCGGACUUCAACUUCCUCAUGGUGCUGGGCAAGGGCAGCUUCGGAAAGGUGAUGCUGGCGGAGAGGAAGGGCACCGACGAGCUGUACGCCAUCAAGAUCCUGAAGAAGGACGUGGUGAUCCAGGACGAUGAUGUGGAGUGCACCAUGGUGGAGAAGAGGGUGCUGGCUCUGUCCGGGAAGCCACUGUUUCUCACCCAGCUGCACUCCUGCUUCCAGACCAUGGACCGCCUGUACUUCGUCAUGGAGUACAUCAACGGGGGGGACCUCAUGUACCAGAUCCAGCAGGUCGGCAAGUUCAAGGAGCCCCACGCUGUGUUCUAUGCGGCAGAGAUCGCCAUAGGGCUUUUCUUCCUGCACUCCAAGGGGAUCAUUUAUCGGGACCUCAAGCUGGAUAAUGUCAUGCUCGACGCGGAAGGGCACAUCAAGAUCGCCGAUUUCGGCAUGUGCAAGGAGAACAUGUGGGACGGGGCCACCACAAAGACGUUCUGCGGCACGCCCGACUACAUUGCGCCCGAGAUCAUUGCUUAUCAGCCUUAUGGGAAGUCCGUGGACUGGUGGGCCUUUGGCGUGUUGCUAUACGAGAUGCUGGCCGGGCAGCCCCCCUUUGACGGAGAAGACGAGGACGAGCUGUUCCAGUCCAUCAUGGAGCACCAUGUGUCCUACCCGAAGGCCAUGAGCAAGGAGGCAGUAGCCAUUUGCAAAGGGCUGAUGACCAAGCACCCUGGGAAGCGCCUGGGCUGCGGGCCGGAGGGCGAGCGCGACAUCAAGGAGCAUGCCUUCUUCCGCUACAUGGACUGGGAGAAGCUGGAGAACAAGGAGGUGCAGCCGCCCUUCAAACCCAAAGCAUGUGGCCGGGACGCCGGAAAUUUUGACCGCUUUUUCACCCGCCAUCCUCCGGUGUUAACCCCACCCGACCAGGAGGUCAUCCACAACCUUGACCAGUCCGAGUUUGAGGGCUUUUCCUAUGUUAACGCUUCUUUCAUUAGCACGGAGGUCAAGAGCUAAGGACAUAACAGGGCAAAAUAAAACUUGGGCUCCUACAACAGAUUGAUCAUAGAUAUAUAUAUAAAACUGUAUCUACCUACCUGUCUCCAUAACGUACAUGGACAUAUAUAUAUAUGCAUGCAGAGCCCUGCCAUAUUAAAAUGAGCAGCAGGGGUGCGACUGUGGCCCAGAUUCCGAGCAGGAAGUGGAGAGGACACAAACACGGUCACGUCCGCUACCUUUGCGCGUCCUGCUGGACCUGAAGCAGGCAGCCAUUAGGAUACACUCAAAUUUAGACGGCGAGCAGACAAAAAAAAAAAGGUUGGGAGACACCUACUUAUUUUAAUAUAUCGGGGCUCUGCAUUUAUACAUACAUACGUGUAUGUAUAUCUGUUUAUAUAGUUCAGACAAGCUGAUGAUCAUUUUACAGACCUACUUGAAAUGGAUUUGUUAAUAAGAAUGCCGGUUUGGGACCAAUAUUUUAUUUUUGAAUUGACCUUCCAUUUGUAUACUGAAUGCUAUGAUGUCAACUGAUCAGCUGGCAAGACGACCAUCCAGAUUUCAGGAAGUGUUCCUCGAUUGUCAGAACAGCCUGGGAUGUUUCAUUUUUUGCACUGUCAUGACUUCUUCAUUGCAAGCAACCCCCUCCACACCACACACUCGCCAUCCCACAAUUACUCCAUGCCCUUCUAUGCAAUGUACGUUGCAUAGACACUUAUCUCUCCAAUUUCCCUCCCAUCUCUACAAGUAGGCUUUCGGUCCUGCAGUUAUUGGCCUAAAUCGUGUGUAGAAGCCAUUGAUUUCUGUGUCAGCUGAUUGAAUGACUCAGCCAGUUUGGCUUUUUUCAGUGGACUCUCUGACCUUGACCCGGAUCUGAGAUUGUCGAUGUUGUUGUGUUUCUGUUAAGUUUGUGUUUAGUCCAUUUUUUUUCCCAUUUUCUUUUUUUGGGGGGUUUUGAAUGGCCUCAGAAAUUGAACUUUGCUCCAGAACCUCACCAAAAUUCUGGAAGCCACCCCCCGCCCCUAAAAAGGCAGGAAAAAUUGCCCUAAUUUAUUUUGCAUGAGCUGCUUUUUUUUAUCUGCGAGUUUUGAAUAAAGUAGCUAUUAGGGUUGCUAGGAUGACAUGAAUUACUACUUCUGAACAUUUACAAUAUAUUUAAGUGAUAUUCAAUUGUUUUUUUUAAGCAUGGAAAAACCAAGGUAUUUACAGGAUGAAUCAAUGCAGCAUUUUCUGUUUAAUCCAUUUUAGUUAGUUCUGCAGUCUGGGGGCUCCUUUGUAAUGAGGCCCAGUGUCGUGGCUUGUAUAUAGCAUUGCUGUAGGUCAGCCCUACACACUCCAGAGUCCAGGAGUGACUACCACACUCUGGGAUCUGGCAAAGGCACAUCUGCAUGACAACGUGCACCUCUGUGGUGCAUUCCAUUUAUGUUAAAAAAACAAAACAAACGAAAGCAUAUUAUCUAACAAACAGGGUUCAACUGGACAAGGUUCUGUACUGCGAAGCUACAAAACAAAUCUCGGAUAUUUUACAAUACACGUUCUUUUGUUAGAGUGCUUGCUAUUAUUACUCUCAGAAAAGCACCUCAGAGCCGUUUUUUUUCGGAAGGGACUUUGCUCCCCAGAAGUUCCAGGCAGUGAAGUGACGCUUAGUGGCAGACUUUGCUCGUGUUUCUACACAGCGGCAGUGGGCGUGGUACGAAGUCAAAUCUCAGGGCGAGGGUCGGUGCCCUUGCAGUCUGCCAUACAGCAGCCUCUCUGUGGCAAACUGAGGACGAGCAACACAGAGCAGAGGUUGGACGGGCCUCAACGGCAAAACUCGCCUUGAACCCAUUCACGCCAGUUUCCCCCAGUGGCUCAGAGACUGGAAAACAAAAGAAUAAGAAACCAACAGGAAUGCAGUGGCACACACAGUGGCAUUCCUUGUUAAAGGAGACAGGUCGGGCCAGUCCAAGGCUCCAAACGUGCAGCAUAUUAAUGAGUCGGUGCAUGUGAAAGAGAUGUCCAUGCCUGGUGAUAACAUUGCCAAACAACCAUGGCUAUUGGGUAUUUUGUAGGUUAACUGUACUGGGCCAAGAUGGGCAAUAUGACUAAUGCCUGCAGUCUUCUAGCUUGCAUUGAGCAACGAUCCAGAUGUGGGCAGUGUUGUCUCAGAACCCAGCGCUAACACCAUUCUUGCAAUCCAGUAGCUUUCUUUGCAUGAAGCUACAAGCAGGGUCUCAACAGCACCAGCCGGUGAGGAUGGCGGUCUGGAAAUAACAUCUAGAUGUGCUGAAACCUGCAGGCGCAGAUCACACAGCCUUGAUAUAUAUCGCAGCUCCAGCCGCAAAACAGCGUGAUCGUCGAGCAUGGGGUUAUCGAAAAGAUGUUUUGUACAACGACGCUUGCCUGGAACACAUCUUGUUCCCGAGUACUUAUGUACCAGGCUGCGUGACAGAGACCGCAUGCUUAAAGGUCAUGAACAACUUGAAAGGCCGUCUGCGCAGGAUAAAACAAAAGCGCUUGUCUGAAGGUGGAACGCAGGGAGCGGGCAAGGGCUGUCUCCUUUCACGCAAUGCCAUUUUGUUUGUCCGUCACACAAGCUGGUCCGAGGCUGACGGUGCAGAGCAGACAGCUCUUUGCUGUCAGGGGUGCUGUUGGUUCUAUCGGCAUCCACACCAGCGAGGAAAUUCGAUUCAGUGGCAAAGAUAAAUCCGCAAGGAAAAACCGGGAUGUUAGAACUUUCAAAAGCAAAAUGAACCGCUAAUCCGUGUGCAAUGACAUUUUGCCUGUACCUCUAAAAUACAAAGCUAGGUGCUAAUGUAGUUCACGGGCUGCUGGGAUAACCAACUCUUUGCUAAAGGAGGUAACUUGUCACUUAAACCACUUGUAUCUUCUGUAGAAUUGAAAGGGAAGGGAAAUCCUAGAAGGAUUUAAUGAAAUUCUUACCAUUGGUAGUGAUUUAAAAAAAAAUCAGUACACAUCUGUUUUGCUAGACAAUGAAUAGGAAUAUUAUGAUCCUUCAUUGACAUUAUUCUUCAGAUUAAUAUGAAUGGUUUUCUUAUCUCUGCCAAAUCUGGUGUGUAGUUUAUUACGGGGCUUUAAUAUUUCUAAAGAGAAUCAUAUGCAGUAAACAAAAUGUGUCAAAAUAUGUUCAGUGAAUCUCUUGCAUACAAAGUGGUCAGAUUUUAUGUGAGCCUUACAGUAUUGUUAAAAAAAAACCUUUAAAAAAAAAAAAAAAAAAUGUUUAUAGAUUAUUCUGUGUCUUUUCUAAAUUGACGAUGCAAUCUGGGGUUUGCAUUCCAAAAAGGAAAGCUUUGUGCAUGAAUUAUGAACUACGAACUGUGAUAUAUUGCUAUUUUGACGAUGAGCGCUUUAGUGUUUUCAAGCUGUUGUGUGUGCUUUGUAAACUUUGAACUCAAAUGCUGUUAAUGUGCCAAAGUAUUUUCCAGAGAAAUAUCUAAAUUAAAUAAACUUUGACAUGAAGAG